GACUGAUGGGACCAAGGAACGGCCGACUAAACGUGUUAUUGCGGAGCCCACACAGCUGUGGCCAGCGUAGAGAAUUGCGCGAAUCCCGCAACCAUAGUAACGGAACAAACCAAACAAAUAUGCUAGUUCCUUAUAUCUCAUAGAAUAACAUGUAUACAGUUUAUUUAUGCUAAAGAAAACUUUCAGUCAAUUGUGAAAGCCGUGAAUUCGCAAACUAGAUGACGGACCUGUACGUACACUGUAAUGGUCGAACGGGUGGUUCGUCUACACCCAAACAACCCCAGUCAGCGAUGGCAGCAAAGACAGGGACAAAUCAAAACAUGAACUGGCUCAUCCACUGUUUGUACACGAGAAAAGAUUAUUCUUUAUGUAGAAAGCUAAUCGAUAGGCAGCUCACUAUCAGCUACGACAAAGAGUAUCUAUUUUAUGUAAAGGGACUGAUACUACGUGACGAAGAAAAUCCAACCGAAGCAAUCAAUUGCUUCCAGCAGGCAAUUAUAUCCAACAAAAAGAACGCAGAAAAUUAUAACGAACUUGCAAAGACUUUCUUUGCCAUGGGGCGGUUCAAACAGGCACUGGAGGUGUUUCUCAAAGCGGAAACCCUGCUCGAACGUCCGGAUCACGAAGUUUAUCACUACAUCGGUGAACUUUUUCAUCGCAACUUUGGUCAACCGAAGGCGGGAAUAGCAGAAGCGAAGGAGUAUCUAAAACAGUCCGUGAUGUGUGGUAAGCAUGUCGAUAGCUACAAGAUUCUGGCGGAAAUUUACAUCGAUGAAGGGGAUAAUGUGAAAGCGAUCGAGAUGAUUGAAAGCUGUUUACAACUAACUCAAGACGACGUCGCUUUGAUGACUCAGAUCGGUAUCCUCUAUUUGAAGAUCAAUGAAUAUCAGAGGGCAUUUGAAAAACUCCUAGAUGCAAUUUCCAUCGACGAUAAAUGUGCCACCGCUUUGUUAGGACUUGGUUCAAUUCUUCAGUCCAAAAAUGAUAUCGACGGAGCACUGAACAAAUACAAAAGAAUUUCGAAUCUGCCUGAUGAGGGAUCCGAAGUGUGGAGCAACAUUGGGCUUUGUUUCUUCAAGAAGCAGAAAUACAUAGCGGCAAUAUCCUGUCUUAAAAAAGCGGUGUGGGUGGCUCCACUGAAUUUUAACGCACUCUAUAACCUAGGACUGAUAUUAGUAACAUCUCAACAAUAUGUUAGUGCCUUUCAAACACUAGCAGCAGCGAUUAGUCUCCGACCAGAUAAUGCCGACUGUUACAUGCUAUUGGGAACAUGCCUGCGGCAUCUGAAUGAUCCCGGAAACGCGUACCUAUCGCUGGAGAAAUCAACUAUGCUACCAGAUGCCAUUAAAAAUCCACUCAUCUAUUUGAACUUUGCGCUCUAUUGUUUCGAAAUCGACAAACAAGACCAGUCGGUAUUAUACUUGUCCAACUUUCUCGAAAUGACUCAACAUACCAACGUUCAUCGAGAGUAUUUAAAGAUGGCAGACAGGCUGAAUGCAGCGUUGUCAUUGUCCUCAUUACCUUCGCCAGGGACAGGAAAUGUUAUCUCACCCGGCGGGGCUUCAACAUCAAAGGUACACUGGGACAACGGAUUACACACCGAAAGUGCUAGGAUCUUUUCAGCGGAUGCCAACAGAAGCAACCGGAAAAAUGAAACUGACCAAGGCGAUACAUUAGGUGGUGCAAGCGAGUGGAAAAAUCAACAAAAUUAGAUGGAUGAGAAAUGUGGGUGUGAAAAGGUUGCUCAUCGGGUAUCAUUACAGGUGGUACAAUUAAAAUUUGGCUAACGUUAACUCAAGGAUUUAAAUUAACGAGUUGGUGGUAUGCCUUUGCUACCGCCGGUAAUACGGGUGUGGUAUAAAAUGCUUUCUCUGUAAAAGGAAACUUAGAAUAAGAUGUUACCAAAGUCAAAACCUAAACAUUUCGGUUAAAAUAAGAUGGUUUUAUGUAGUUUUAG